AUGUCUGCGCUGGACGUCAACUGGUUGCGUCCCGUGUCGCCAGGCGGGCAGAAGCCGCUACAGAUUCUCGUUGACUGGUUCGCGCUAAACGGCGUCGUGUACCACGCGUCCAGUCACCAGCGGGAGGUGCUCGUGCCUUUGUGUCGGGAGCUCAACACCCUCGGAGUCCAGUGCGAGGUGGACCAAAUCCUGGACUACGUUAGCUACCUCCAGGAGGUAGUACACGAUGCAGCCACUUUAUACCACGCACUACCAGAAGACCUGAUACCCUACCGAGAGCGUCUGCAGACGCUGCUGUUCAAGGACGGACAUUCUGAAGCUUCCUCCGCCCUUCCGAAUCAGCAGAAGCGUCCAAAUACUCGCUUGUCCUGGCUCGAACCUUCGCCCUAUGGUGGUUUAAGUGGCAUGGAAGUGCUGGUGGAUUGGCUCAAAAACAAUUACUCUACGUACGCCCAUGCUACCAGGAAGGGAGAGAAGGGGAGGAUGCUGGAAGAUCUGGUCAAGCAGAUGAGGGACGCUGGCAUCCAAGACUGUGCUGUUAACACUGUGCGUGCCAAGAUCGACGUACUGCAUCGAGAAGUGCGAGGAGAAAAGUCACGGUCGGCAGCAUGGGAACAAUUUGGCUCGGUACUUGAAGAGAUUUUCACGGUAGGGGACGCCGGACACGAGCGUGAAGACGCGGCUGAGAAUUCUGACGGACAGGAGACGGGGGAGCCAGAGAGCCACAGCUUUGAUGGUCCUGCUAUCCAGACCCAUAGUUUCCUUGAUGCACGCACGAUAGGAAUUGAUACUUCGAUGGCGGUGAAGCCCCCCGUGAAGCACACGCGUAAUAGUCCCGCCAGCCGUCUCUCCUGGAUGAAGCAGGUGCUGCCUGGUGCUCCGACUGCAAUGGAGUUGUUGGUGGACUGGAUGAAGAAUAAUUACGCUGCAUACACGCAGUCGAAGAAGAAAGGAGAGAAAGGCAGGAUGCUCAUCCGACUUUUACACAAGAUCGAGGAAGCUGGGCACCGCGGCUGUACCAUUCACGCCAUCCGCGUGAAAAUUGACAGUCUCCAACGACAAGCAGGUGGAAAGGCACGUCCAUCCUCGGCCUUUGAUCAGUACGGUGCCUCCCUCAAGAGAGUAUUUGCAGAGAAAGACAACCCUGAUGCCUGUGAACGAGCAGUUUCACCACCUUCUGUACCGGUAGACCAAGACGGUGAGGAUUCGCACAUCAGCGACGACGAAGCUGAAAGCGAUGCUAGUUUUGAAGAGGUUGCGGACGGCGGCAAAAGCACCGACUUUCAGGUUGAUUUGGCUGUCACGGAAACGCCAAGACAAGUCGGUCGCCGCAACACUGAGAGUCGUGAUGAGGAAGACGUUAGGAUGCUUGAAGUCAGCAUUACGUCUCCAAAUCGAGCCGUUGCUGGGUCGGACAGCGAAACUGAGGACGAGCAGGACAAAAAAACUGCCAAGGUGAACCCUAUCGUCCCCCAGGUGUGUCUUCAGACAUCGUUGCCGACACAGUCACCAUCUACGAGUGAAAUCGUGCGAAUUGCCACAUUGCUUCGGGAGCGGCAUGACCUUCUUCAGCGGGGUGUGUCUCAGGAGCAGGUCGACAAGUUCCUCCCGCUACCUGACGUCUAA